AUGCAUCCAGAAAACGACAACGACGGCGACUCCAUAUGGCCGGUGCGGUCCGGCGACGACGAGGACGUGGUGGUUGUGACCGUUGAUCAGCAAGUCGACGAGGAAGGCGUGCGACUCGUGAUGCUCUGCGCGUGCGACACGCUCCGCUGGCAGCUCGAAGCCUUCGAGCGCGCGGCGCGAGACGACGAGUGGCGCGCCGAGGCGCUAGACCAGGCGCCGUCCAGCGUGAACGAAACCCGCGAGCGGCGCCGCCAGUUCGUCUCCGCGAUUCGCGCGCAGCUGCAGCAGGUGCAGGCCGUCAUCCGCCCCGCGAUCGGCGGCGCCUCGCCCGCCGCAGUUGCCGCCGUCGCCUCCGGGUCUUCGGUCGGAAGCAGUAGCGCGGUUAGCGGUGUGGAUUCCGGCGGGAUAACAGUCGCUUUUCCGUCCGGUUUGGCAGCGGCCGCUUCUAACGCGUCUAGCCGAGCAGCAGCAGCAGCAGCAGCAGCUGUUGCUCCUACUGAAUCAGAUGCAGGUGCUGCUGGCGCAGUGGCCGCAGCAGCAGCGGUGGCAGGCGCGGCGGCAGGCGCAGCGGCAGGAGCAGCAGCGGCGGCAGCUGGCGCAGCGGCAGGCGCAGCAGCAGGCGCAGCGGUAGCCGCCUUUUCCUCCUCCGCCUCCGCCGUGUCCUCGUUUAGCCGUUGGAUCGCCGGCAGCCCAACCAGAGCCCUAGAUGGCAGCGGCGAUGCUGACGUGGCAGCCGGCGAUUGGCUGCGGGUCCGGCAGGAGGCGAUUAGGGUUUCACUCAGUGACGAAGACGAGGAUAUCGCCAGCCUUAACGCCUCUGCUUUUAACGGAUCUGCUGGUAACGGCUCUGUUAAUGGGGCGUUCGAAACGUCACGAACGGCAUUUGGCGCUGAGUUACGCGGGUCACAUCUGAGUCAUUCGCAGCUGGGGGGAUCACGGUUGGGCCGUGAGCACUCCGAUUCGGAGCACGCGCCGCUAUUUGGGGGAGGCGCAACCGGGGGAGGUGGCAACUCCGGCGGAUUUGGCCCGGGCACGGGCGGCCAAGGCGGCUGUAGCAGUGGCCGCAGCGGCGGGUGGUGGGGGCAGCAGCAGCGGCGGUGGCGGCGCGGGCGGCAGCAACAACCGUCAUGGCAGUGUCUGGUUUACUGGCUAAAGCAGAUUCAAAGGCCGGGGGAGGAUGGAGCAGGAGGUGUAGCGGGCGGGGGUGCUGGUGGCGGGGGGUAUGGCGAGAAGGAGAAGAUGGGGUCCGGGAGGCUGCUGCUCGACGGACGUAUGGACAUGGCCGAAAUGGAACUGGGCCUCUUGCAAUUAAACAACAGUCAAGUCGCUCAGAUGAACGCCCAUUGGCCAGCUCAGCGUCUAACAGAGGAAGACGAGGACGAAGAUCAACGGCAGGGAUCCUCUCACGAUGACGACGCAGGCAAGAAUCAACGGCUGGUGUUUGGCUGGCAGCUGUCUCUGCACCGAAAGAAGCGACGGUCGAGAUCGAAAGCUGGAGGGAAAGGGGGGGAGUGUGAUGGGGAGGAGGAGAGUGAGGGAGGAGCAGUGGUGCUGAUGGGUUUGAAUGGCAGAGAGCUAGUAACGGCACUUGUGGCUAUAGUGGGUAUCAUUCUCCUGAUACUGCUGCUGCUGUCAUGGUGUGGAGCAGGGGGGUCAGCGCAACAA